UGAUGCCCACAAAGACUAGUUCCAGACGCGCAGCCAAAAAAGAGUUGGAGCCUGAAGACAGUGAAACACCUUCGAGUCACAACAGCAAUGAAAACGUGUCCGUAGAUUCAACUAGGACCAGAAGAAAGCCCAAGCAAGUUCCCAAAUACGCUGACGACGAGGAGGAAAAUGAUGAAACUUCUAAGAAGCAGCCCCUCAAAAAGAGUAAGGUUCCUGUCCGAAAACGUGCGAACAAGUUAGCUGAAAAGGAUCCGAAAAGUAGCGAAGUCUUAUCCCAGAUAACCGACCUCGAAAACAAUGAAGCUGAUAUAUUUAAUGAAGACGCGGUGCCAGUUGAAGCUGAAUAUAAACCGAAAGAGUCUUCGAAGGCUAAACGUGGUGCUACUCGAAAGAAGAAAGUGGAGAUCGAAAUUCCUCUGCCUUCUCUUCCCUCUCCACCUCCGCUGCCUCCCCCGCCUCGUGAACAAACAGUGUCUUUUCAACCCCCAGAGGAAGUUCCUUUUGCCGGCGGUACUUCAAAAAAUCAAAAAGAGUGCAAUAAUGAGAAAGGUAGUUCAUCGUUAGCGAUGGAUGGGACAUUUGUAGUUAGUACUAAACCUAAAACUGCUCGUACUUCGAAUGAUUUGGAUCUCAGUGAAAGCAGUGAAGAUGAAAAUGUUAAGGAAAAGGAAAAGCGUCGUCUUCAGAAACAAGCUGCUGAAAAUCCCUUCUCAUUCAAGAACUACGUUGCCAAAGUAGCAAAGGAUCCGCUUGAACAAACCUCUUCAACGGUCAGUGUGCCAAAGGACUCACAUGCCGACAGUGGAAUGCAGAGACAAUUAGAUCAGCUACGUGCGAGUAGUGAGUCAUCACUGGAUUCGCUGGACUUGAGCUCAAUUGACGUCAAACAGUUAGUGAGAGAAAACACUCGGCUUCGAGAUGAGAUUGAUCACAAGGAACAUCUGCUCACGAACCGGAACAGACGAAUAACCGAAUUAGAAAGCGAGUUGAAACUGAUUCGAGUUCGUGAAAAGGAGGAGUCAGGAGCACUGGACAAACACUUGCGUCAGGUGGAGAAGAACUACACAAGUGCAGUGCAGCGCGUUAAGGAGUUGGAGACUGAGGUGUUCAGGUUGGAGGAGAAGAGUAGCAGGGUGAGGCGAAGUGGACCGGUGGUGGUGGAGGUGCCCCAAGAGAUGGUAGAAAGAGGACAGGCAGUGUCGCAGCACCUCAAUCUCAUCGCCGCCGAGGGAGAAACACAAAUGAAAAACAUGCUGGCCGGCAUUGAAAAAUUACGCCAAAUGUCUGCAGUAGUCGCCUCCAUGCAUAAGUUCUCAGAGGAGGAACAGUUACCCCCUCAGUGAGAAAAAAACUGAAGAAACUCAAUUAUCGUGAUUGGUGCUAAUUUUUAAAAGUCAUGUGAUGUUUUUUAAUUUUUUAAUAAUUUUUGAUCG